AUGUCUCUUUUCUCUGCUUACAUUAUGACAGGAUACAGGGAUGAUAUUAAGCACCUCUUCCCUCUUCUAUAUGAUACAGGGAUGAUAUUCUCUUUUCACACUCUUCCCUCUUCUAUGCUAUGUCUCUUUUCUCUGCUUACAUUAAUGAUUAUGACAGGAUACAGGGAUGAUAUUAAGCACACUCUUCCCUCUUUCUAUGCUAUGUCUCUUUUCUCUGCUUACAUUAUGACAGGAUACAGGGAUGAUAUUAAGCACACUCUUCCCCUUCUAUUCUAUGAUACAGGGAUGAUAUUCUUCCUCUUCCCCUCUUCUAUGCUAUGUCUCUUUUUCUCUGCUUACAUUAUGACAGGAUACAGGGAUGAUAUUAAGUUGCCUCUUCCCUCUUCUAUGUCUCUCUUCCCUCUUCUAUGCUAUGUCUCUCUUUUCUCUGCUUACAUUAUGACAGGAUACAGGGAUGAUAUUAAUCACACUCUUCCCUCUUCUAUGCUAUGUCUCUUUUUCUCUGCUUACAUUAUGACAGGAUACAGGGAUGAUAUUAAGCACACUCUUCCCUCUUCUAUGCUAUGUCUCUUUUCUCUGCUUACAUUAUGA